GGGGAGAGAAGACCCAGCAUCGGCCUCCCCUUCCCGCCCCCGCAGCCACACCCAGGCUUCCUGGGGGACCCCGAGUAGGGCCUCUUCUUCAUGGCGGAAGCGGAAGGCUCCCCCAGCCUCCCACAUCAGGCAGAGGGGCUGAGCUCCCUCCUGGAUGAGGAAGAGGAGGACCUCGACCAGCAGCAGCAGCAGGCUGAAGGCUUGUCUGUGGGCUGCGAUGGGGACUUGGAGGUGAACCCGUACGAUGGGCUGCCCUUCUCCUCUCGCUACUAUGAGCUGCUGCACCAGCGCCGCACCCUCCCCGUCUGGGGGGCCAAGUACGUCUUCAUGGAGCACCUGGAAGGGGGCGCUGGCAUCGUCCUGGUCUCUGGGGAGCCAGGCACUGGCAAGAGCACUCAGGUGCCUCAGUGGUGCGCGGAGCAUGCCCUCUCGCAGCAGUUCGCCCACGGGCAGGUGGUCUGCACGCAGCCUCACAGCCUGGCCGCCCUCAGCCUGGCAUUGCGCGUGGCAGACGAGAUGGACCUCAACGUGGGCCACGAAGUGGGCUAUGGCGUGCCCUACGAGGACUGCUGCACCUCAGAGACGCUGCUCAGGUUCUGCUCAGACGAGGUCCUGCUGCGGGAGAUGAUGUCCGACCCGCUCUUGCGGCAGUAUGGGGUGGUGGUGCUGGACGAGGCCCAGGAGCGCACGGUGCCCACGGACCUGCUGCUGGGGCUACUGAAGGACGUGCAGCGGCAGCGGCCGGAGCUGCGCCUGGUGGUGGUGACGGAGCCGCUGCUGGAGGAGCCGCUGCGCUGCUUCUGCCAGGAUGCCCCUGUGGUCCAAGUGCUGGGGCUUGGCCUGGCCCCGCGCUUGGUGUACCAGGAGCCCGUGCCAGGGAAGCACGUCUCGGCGGCCUGCCAGGCCGUGCUGGAGCUCCACCGGCAAAAGGAGCCUGGCGACGUCAUGGUCUUCCUGGCUGGCGAGCAGGAGAUCAGCGAGUGUUGUGAGGCCCUCCGCGUGGAGGCGGGGGCCUUGGAUCCCAGCCUGGGCCCCCUGCUGGUGCUGCCCCUUCACCCGGGCGUGGGGCGAGACGUCCAGAGGGUGUACGAGGCCAGCCUAGGCCAGCCUGGCGGGGGCCGCCCACGCAGGAUCCUCGUCACCCACUGGCUGUGCGAUGCCGCCUUCUCUGCGGGCAGCGUCAGGCACGUCAUUGACACCGGGCUGGAGCUGCGCAGCGUCUACAACCCGCGGAUCCGGGCCGAGUCUCAGGGCUUGCGCCCUAUCAGCAAGAAGCAGGCAGAGGCUCGGAGGCUCAGGGCAGCGGGGGACCCUCCAGGGUCCUGCCUGCGCCUCUAUUCCGAGGCCUUCUACGAGGAGGGGCUCCCUGCCCUGCCUGUGGCGCCCAUCACUGAGGCGGAGCUCAGCCGGCUGGUGCUGCUCCUCAAGCGGCUGGACAUCGCGGACAUGGGGCAGUGCGACUUCCUCGACAGGCCAGCCCCUGAGUCCCUCAUGCAGGCCUUGGAAGACCUGGACUACCUGGCCGCCUUGGAUGACGACGGGAACCUCUCCGAAGUGGGCAUCAUCAUGUCGGAGUUCCCCCUGGACCCCCAGCUGGCCAAGGCCCUUCUGGCCUCCUGUGAGUUUGACUGUGUGGACGAGAUGCUCACGCUGGCCGCCAUGCUGACAGCUUGGCCUUGCUUCGUGACUCCAGCGGCGCGCUGGGAGGAGGCGGUGGCAGCCCGGCAGCGAGGCCUCCUGCACCCCGCGGGGGACCACUUCACCCUCAUCAACGUCUUCCACGCCUUCCACCAGCAGAGCGACCCGGAGAGCUGGUGCCGGAAGCACGCAGUGAGCGAGGCUGCGCUGCGGCUGGCGGGGGCCGUGCGGGCAGAGCUGCUGGAGGCCAUGCAGCGGAUCGAGCUGCCCAUUUCCCCGCCAGCCUUUGGCUCAGACAGCAACGUCCUCCGCCUGACGCAGGCCCUGCUCUCGGGCUUCUUCCUCAAGGUGGCCCAGGACAUCGAUGGCUCCGGCAACUACCUGCUGCUGACGCACAAGCACGUGGCCCAGCUGCCCCCCGGCUGCUGCUACCGGCUGCGGCGCCCACCCCCGCGCCCUCCCCCCUGGCUGCUCUACCACGAGUUCACCAUCUCUCAGGACAAUUGCCUGAGCGUGGUCUCUGAGAUCCAGCCCAAGAUGCUGGCAGAACUGGCCCCCCAGUACUACCUCAGCAAUUUGCCCCCCAGCGAGAGCCGGGAUCUGCUGCUGGAGCUGCGGGAGACACUGGCGGGUGGGGCAGAGAUGUCGCUGCUGCAGGAGGAGGAGGAGGCGCCUCAGGCCCCCCAAGCUGCCGCUGAGGAGGGGGAAGACGUCUGUGUGCUGCAGUGAGCCAGGAGCACAGCUGGCCUGGAUUGGCCCUGGCACCGCUGGCACGGAGCGGACUAGGCCGUGGCCCUGCUUUGGCAUUGCCCGGGAGCAGGCACUGGUGCCCCUGGGGCAGCAGAGGCCCAAGGAGGGCCUCACAGAGGAGGGCCCAGCCCUUUCGGGGGGGGGAUGACGACAGCGUAGCGCUUCUGCUGGGCCUCGUUGCUGCCCGUCACUGGAAUUGGCCGCUUUCUGGGACCCUGACCGGGCUGGUGGCAGCAGGAUAGUGGAGCGGGUGUGCCGGUGACAGGGCUUACGGACAGAGGUGGCAUUCCUCGCUUAUGGGCUGACCGGUGGCUGCAGAGCUCCACUUCCCCAGGCUGGUGUUGCUGCCUCCCCUGCCCGUGUUCUCAGCACCUUGGCAGGAUGGGCAGAGGCGGUGGUGGUGGUGGUGGUGGUGGAAGUGGAGGACUGUGGGUCCCAAGCGCUCUGUGCUUCGGUGAUUGGGGCAGAGAAGCCCAGGCCUGGGGAGGGGAUUCUCAGGGUGCCCACGGAGACCUUCCUGGAGCCUUUCAUCCUUGGGAGGGUGGCAGCUGGUGGGAAGGGUCUUAACAGCUCUCUUGCAGGCCUCGAGCAGUCGGCUGCUUCUCCUCCCCCCGAUUCACACCUCGGCUCUCCCUCCGUAGCCUUUGAGCCGGGCUGGGCGCUGCUCUUGCAGUUGCUUGGGGGAAGCCUUAGCGGUGGCAUCGUCCACCUGGCGCGGCUCCCUGAGCCCUGCCUCUGCUGCUGCCUUCUUGACGGCUGGGCAGUGGCCCUUUGUCCCUAGCUGGCAAUGCUGAGCCUUUCGUGGGAGCCGAGGGCGUCUUCCUCGCAGUGCGGCAGUCUUCAGCCCAAGUGCGUCGUGUUCCUGAGUCGCUGCUCUUGGAGGCCGACCGUGAUCAGAACGCACCCCUCUCCCUUCAGGCCACUUCCCCCUUCCUUCUGUUCCAGAAUACGCUCACGGAGCCAAUGAAUUAAAACCCUUUCAACACAGAAAUGUGACUAAUGCAGGCUUGAAUUCUGGUCUCCUGAUCUGGAAACAGAUGUUGCAGAACUGGAAAAGCCAGAAACAAAGGCAGCCACGAUGCCCAGGUGCUUGGCAGGGCGUGUUCCCUCGAAGGGGAGGUCAAGAGCAGGCUCAAACCGCCCAAACGUGUGAUAAUGCUAACAGAAAGUUGCGUGGGGAGGGGCAGAGCGUUCCCUCCCCCCUCCUUGUAGGCGGCUCCUCCUUGCCCUCCUCCAGUGGCCCUGUGGGGGGGGGGAGAGAAUACGGGGCUUUGCGUUGAUGGCCCCGGAGGGAUAGACGGCUUUGAAAGGACGGAUCCAUGGGGCCGUCUCUUGGGGAAAUCUCCAUGUCCAAAGGCAGUCCGCCUUUCACCCGGCCCUUUGCUGAUGGGGCGACAGGAUGCUGAGCCUUCCCCGGUCUCAUCCAGUGGUGGUUCUUGGCAUUGAUGCACAGGAGAAGAGCAGGAACCGGCCAAAAAGCUCUCAAGGAGACACGAAGACGGGUAACUCCUUCCUGCUCCCUCCAGCUAGCUUGUUCCCUAAACAUGAACAAUGUAUCUGAGUUUCACCAGAUCAAGAGAGAGAACACAACGGCCUUAAAAGACAGACCCCGCUCAGUGAUGGAUGCAUAAAUCCAGCUGAGUGUUUUGGGCAUCAAGAAUUAAUUUAUAUUGGCGUUGUGGUCCCUGAAACGUCUCUCAAGCCAAGUAACACAAAGUGGUGCCACAAAAUAUGCAUUUACCGCCCAAGUGGUAUCAAGGAAUACAAAUCUAUGCGAUGAUGAAACAAGCGAAACACAUUAUUGCGUACAAUGCAAUGUGGACAAUUAGAAACCUAAUAGAAAUCAUGGCUGGUGCAUUCUUUAGUAAUAUUAAAGUUCUUUUCCUCUCAACCAACAAA